CUUCUUUAAACUUUAUUUACUAAACUUUAUUAUUUGCUAAACUCAAUUCAUGCCGCGUGGCGAGCGGCUUGAAGGUCAUGUGAUGCGUCUGCUGCCCUGCACGCCUGACCAGCUGAUGUCCCGAGACAACCAAGACACUGCUCGAUAGUAGAUGGUCUUGAUAGCAGUAGAAGAAGAAGUAGAAGAAGGAGCUGUUAGUGGUAUCAGCGACAGAAGCAGCAGGAGACGACGGGCAGAAGUUGACGUCAGAAGGUGAGGAAGGCCAAAGGUGACGUCAGCCAUCCGACCGAUCCGCAUUGUCACAGUCCGACUCGCGCUGCCUAACGCUCUGUGGACUGAUCUUUUAUGCCUCUUGCGAUUAUCAUGCGCUUGUCUGUGAAUUUCUUAUUCUUAGAUACAUGUGCAUUGCAAUGCAUUGUCAAUCACUUUUCUUCUACUUUCUUCUUCCUCUACUCAACACAGCGCAGCAUACUAGAAAAGAAGGCAAAAAAACCCUACACAAACCAUCUCGCUAAUGGAAACUAUAAGGUUACUUCCCCGAACCCUAUUCCCUGCCAUCUCCCAUCAUCAGCAGCUAUAUCGUACUCGUUAAUUGCUGAUCAAUUGUAUAGAAAUAGCAAGAAGAUAGAAGGUAUUCAGUGUAUUGACGGUCUCUGUGUUGUAUAUAGAGAGCACGGUGGGGAUCCGGAAUAUUCCGGCUCAUGCGGGUUAUGCGGCUCUGCCAGGUGUCAACUACCGUGGUUCUUAGAUGUUGUAGUUGAUGAUUUUAGUUAUACUAUAAUAUCAUAUCAGCAAUUGCAAUAAUAUUCAAAGUAAUCUAGACUCAAUUGCGAGUACCGAGCACUGCAAUCAACUGCGGUGCAGCAGCAGCAGCUGUAUCUCAAACCCUCACAUACAUAUCUUAAAGACCCAGUACCUCCCCUUCUCCACCCAGAAAUCCCAUUUAUUCUCAAAAAUCUCUGGAGAUUAUUUCACAAUAACUUCACAUACUUGAUAACAUACAAACUGGUACGCAAAGACCAAAGUGGUGUCAAAAACCUACACCGCACUUUGAAAUUCUCUCGAUAUAACCAUGCUUGUUAACACCAUACAUAGUAAUAGCUAUAAUAAAUAUACAAAAU